AUGAGUGACGAUGAGUAUGAACCAGACAGUGACGAAGGUUUUGACGAAGAGUUCUACGAUGCGAGCGAGGAUUAUUCUGAUCUCGAAGAUUCAAUCGCGCCUGGAGCUGACAUUCUGACUACUCAGAAACUUGAAGAUCGCGUAGAGGAAGUCAAGCAGGAAAAGAUCCUUAUAGAGGCGCAACCUGUAAAGACUCCCGAGGAAAAUCCACCCGUGGCAGUUUCUGAAGAAGAACUGAAAGAGACACCAAAUGAGAUGUUUCAGGAAGAAAAGUCGGAAGAAGGGGUUCAGUCUCGAAAGGUUUCAGAAGAAGAACAAAUCGAGUAUCGACAUAAUGUAAUUUUACAAGCGUUACACGUGUUGAAGAGCGACUCGCGAACCGAGAAGGGUUAUAAUGAUAUGAUUGAAACAGUAGAGAUGUACCCAGAGUUGUUGCCCAAGAGACUUUCUCCUACUGGCGAAUGGCUCACCCAGACAUGGAAGGAGCUGGAAUUUCUCAUGUAUCAUUCUAAAUCGUACAUGAGGGACGCGAUGCAGCCCCUUAGUAUUAACAAAAAUUUCUCUUUCAAAGCAUGUAAUUCACUUGCGCCUCGGAGGUUACAUUUCGACACAUUUGAAAGGGUCGAUCACGUGGAGGCACUUAUAAGACGACAACUAGGUGGUGCAAAUAUAGUCGCUGAUUCGGCACCAAACGUUUUAUAUAAAAGCUUUAGUGCUUUAAUCACACUCGACGGUUGUCAUUCCCUACCGUCAUAUAAUAUCCUUUUCGAUCCUUCCGGACAAAGGAUAAUAAUUGGGAAUGAAGACAAUAAGGUUAAGAUUUGGUCUAGUAACGACGGUAUCCUGUUACGUACAUUUAAUUGCACCUACGGAGGGAUCGUUGACAUGGCGAUAAACAAGGAGAAUGACAUUCUCGCUGUUGCGUGUGGAGAUAAAAAUGUUUGUUUAUUUGACCUUGUGAAUUACAGAAAAAUUACGAAAUUCCAUCUUGACUCCGUUCCAACCUCUAUCCAAUUCUCACCAACCCCACUUGCCGAGAACUGUUAUAUUCUAGCAACGUGCAAAUCCAGCAAUUUUUACUUGGUUAGAUAUGAUAGGGCUCACGAUAAAGUGCCGGUGAACAUUGAGAAUGCUCAAGUCACACGACCGGAUGCAGUUUUAUACAAGACCAGGUCGUAUUCCAUGACCUCUUCUUUCAAUCGAACUGGUACUCGAUUCGCAAUUGGUGGGAAUGACGGACUGAUACGUGUCUUCUCGACGAUAAAGGAUAAAACCUUUAUUAAGGGUCUACAACAGCAGGAAAACUAUAUGGACGACUAUUCGAAACUCGGGGCUGAUGAUAAGGCUCGUGUCCAAGAAGCUAUUGAAAAGUUUGAUUUGGUUAAAUACGUAGGGGAGCAUUUGGCCACCAUACCGGAAUACCAGCCAGUCUACAUUGACGAGGAUAGCAGCAAGGACCGUGAGACAGUCAAUCAAAGUUCGCCACAGAUGCGUUGCGUGCGUAGGGCACAAAGGCGCUCUGACCUCGAGGAGAAAAUUAUUGUCAAACCACAAGGAUCAUGCCCGAGUGAUGGUUCACAACAAAGUGUUAAUGAUUAUGCAGUCGAUUCGGCGAGCAAGAAAUCUAGUACGCGCGUGGAACCACCACAAUCGGAGAGGUCCUACAUGAAUGACGUGGACCUCGGCGAGUUUCCUAUUCCCGAGACCGCGGAAACGGACCUCAAAGACAUCCAAGAUGGUUUUGAAAACAUGGAUACUGAUGAUAACUUGUCGGACAUUAUUCGAAAAGCUCGUGCGAAUGAUCGAAUGGUCAUCGACUCGGACUGUGAGGUUCAAUUGGAAAUGCUAGGUGGUGAUGAUGACCUUCUAGAUCAGGAUGUCGAUGAGGUGCCUGACCCAAUUAAUUUCGACGAUGCAUUCGAAGGUGAAGAAGUUGCGAACGGUGCAAGUACUCGUGAUCAAGACGAUAUGACUUUGCGUCAUGAAGUCAUUCCUCCCGUCCAUGAAUCAGAUGCAGAUAAUAAAACUACUUCGGAAUACAAUGAAACCAAAAUUACUAAUCGCGAGCGUAUCGGUGAUCACUUUGACAUGCUGUCUGAUCACGAAUCUGAUACCACACUGGGGAAUCUCGAUGAACCGGAAAAUGAUUUGGAGGAAAAGAAGUACAAAGAAGAUUCGGUUAAAUCUUCAGAAAAGAAUAAUGCUAAAGACGAUCCAGUGCCGGGAAUUAUUCAAAAAUUAAUUAGGCAGCUAUACUUCACACCAGUUUUAUUAUCAGAUUUGGUGGGUCAUACUAAGAAAGUGCAUUCUCUGGAAUUUGCACAUUUUAGCAAUCAACUUAUAUCCGGGUCGGAUGACGGAAAAGUAUUACUGUGGGAUUAUGAUAAAGAUCUCAAAGACUGGAAGUCGAAGGAGCUUGUCGAAGGGGUCCCUCUCACUACCGUACGGUGGAGUUGCAACGACCAAUAUAUCAUCUGUGGUCACAAUAACGGGGACAUUAAUGUCUUCGAUAGUGCCACAGGAACAAGACUGCGGCACUAUGUUCAGGCGCAUAGUAAAAUAUUCUAUGUUCUUGAUGUUAAUCCGCGAGAUCCUAAGAUCUUUAUGACCGCAGGGUACGACGAUCGGAUUGCCGUUUGGAACGUAGACCACAAAGAGGAAUUGAUAUGCAAUAACGAACCGCAUCAUAAAGGUGACGGAGGUGACGAGACGUUCGAAUUCUACGACGGCAAGUGGCGUGAAGACGGUGCAAUGUUUGCCGUUACUGAUAACCGCGCAAAAUUUGGUCAGAAAUUUUCGACUGAAGAUUUGUACUCGGAGAUCGUGGAAAUAUCGUCUAACGCGAACCCUGGGGUUAUGCUAUAUAAUGAUGGUUGGGUUCACGCAGAAUGCCCGAUCCAACAAGAAGUGAUCAGUAGUCGGGGAACGCCGUACGCAUAUCAGCAUAGCAUAGAUUUUAUCAAAAGAAUAUCGGGUCCCAUGACCGAGAAUGAAAUUAAUAUCAUGAAUCGGGGACGGCUCGAAUUGAUAAUCGAGGAGGCCAAAAGACUCGCCGAAGAUCCUUUCGAGUUGAAACCCUUGAAUCAGAAGAUGGACAUAAAAGAGAUUCAGAAACACAGACGAAAGGUCGUAUUAUCGGAGGAUGAACUUGAUGAUAUUGACCCUAUGACCAUUGAAAUUCCCAUAAUUCCCAUACCCGAGGACGACGAACAACGCGAUCAAAAUUAUGACCCCGAAUUGUCCGAUUCUGAAACCAGUGAGGAUAGUGAUGCGGAGGAUCGGUUCCUUAAGGAGGAUUCCAUAUUUGAAGAGAUAGAACAGGAGGUGAUUGACAACGAUGAUAAUGACAGCGAUUACGUACCCAACAAACGAAACAAAAAUCCUCGGGGACGCCCAAGCGCGGGUGCGAAAAGUGGAGGGCGUGUUAAGGGAAAAGCGCAGGCACGCGGAGAGGUUUCACCUAAUGCAAGUGACCACGAACAAUACCUUUAUACUGAUACGGACAAUGAUCAACCCGUUCCGAGUAAAUUUAGUUACGCUAAAAACAGGAAGCGAGGAAGGGAUGAUGAUGAUGAGUAUAUAGAAGAGAAUGUACGUGCGCGUAUUAACUAUAAUGAAAGCGAUUCGUUACUUUCCGACAAUAAUGAGACGUCUGAAUAUCAAACUUCAAACUCAAGGAUUUCAACAUACGAGAUGUCCGGCAACGAUCAAGCACGGCGCAAUUCGCGAUCACCUUCACGUAGAAAUAAUGGACACAUAUCAGAUCACACAUCAGGUUCCAAGCAUAUACCCGAAAAUGGUGGAUCCGAGGAUAUAAUAGAAAACACGGGGCUUGAUGCAUUGAGCAAUCAUGAGUCCAUUGAACCCGAGUCAAAUAAGGAGAGUGAUCGUCGUCCUGAUUGGAUCAAGGCAGUGGAUCCAAAUUUUACCUACAUACCCCAAGCAACCGAUCUCUCAAACGCAGCCUUUUUCCAAAUCGACGCUGUAACGUGGUACACGAAUGAUGAGGAUAGAGAAGUCGACAGGACGAAAUACUAUGAGAAAGUUGAGAUGGUUGAGGCAAAAGCAAAUAAGACUCUGCCGCCGGUCAACGAUUACUCGGAAUUGGUCCUCGACAGCUCUGGAAAUAAACCAGAAAUUUCAACGUUUGCGGAAAUAAUAUGCCGGAUAGUUCAUCCGACGUGGGCGGGGGAAAAAUAUCCCGUUUCCCCUGAGCGUAAUUUUAGAAGACCGAGAAGUAAAUACGUUAUCCCAUACGUUGAUCUUAAUGGAUUGCGAGAGUUUAUUUUACCAUACGAGAAAUUUGCCGAGGGUAUGAAUCGAAACUGUAAUCUCGAUGUCAGCGAUAAGGUGGAUGUCUAUUAUCAAGAUGGAUUUUACCCCGGAACAAUAGUAUCAAAGAACAAUUCCUCCCUAUGGUCGGAAUCUGUCCCAUCCUUUACAGUGAAAUGGGACGAAACUGAUGAACGGGAGGAUUUUUAUCCUUGGGAGCUUAAAAGUUUUGGGUCAGAAAAUUUACCUACUAGUUCAAUGAGUGAAGAAGGUUGA